UCCUAAUGACAGCGGCAGCCAGAGGAGAGCACGAGGAGAAAAUCCCACACUGAUGCAAACGAGCAUCAAAUCCUCUGACAACGUGACGUCUGCGCGCGCUCGUGGUGAAUUAGGUGGAAAUGAAUCACUUUGUCUCCUGUCUGAGCGCCUCGCUGGAGACGUAGCCUGUCCGUGGACGGCAUUUGGCAACUUGUCGGGUGUCCAAAUGGGACCGUCUUUCCACCUGGUGCGCUCGCGCGUCUCUCCCGCCUCGCACCCAUGAACCCCUGGGUCCUGCGCGCGCCGCUGACCCCGCUGCCGAGGCUCGUGCAUCCCUCACGCGGACAAUGAAGACGAGGACCCUCCUGUCGGUGGGCCUGAACUUCUUCGCCCUGUUCUUCGCCGUCACUGCCUUCAUCACCACUUACUGGUGCGUGGGGACGCAGCGGGUGCCCAAGCCCAAAUGCAGCAAGCUGCGGACGCACCAGUGCAUCGACUACGGAGUGAACGAAACGGACCCCAACAAGGUGGUGUACAGCUGGGAGACCGGGGACGACAGGUUCCUGUUCCGGCAGUUUCACACCGGCCUUUGGUACUCGUGCGAGGAGAACAUCCACGAUGAAAGUGAAAGAUGCCGAAGUUUCAUCGAUUUAGCUCCUGCAUCAGAGAAAGGAAUGCUGUGGCUUUCUGUGGUUUCUGAGAUGUUGUACAUUUUGCUGCUGAUGGUGGGCUUCAGCCUCAUGUGCAUGGAGCUGGUCCAUUCCAGCAACGUAAUUGAUGGGCUCAAGCUCAACGCCUUUGCUGCUGUGUUCACGGUGCUCUCAGGUCUUCUUGGCAUGGUGGCUCAUGUGAUGUACACGCAGGUCUUCCAGGUCACUGUCAGCCAUGGUCCACCUGACUGGAGACCCUACAACUGGGAUUAUGGGUGGUCUUUCUGCUUGGCAUGGGCAUCUUUCACAUGCUGUAUGGGCGCAUCAGUCACCACCCUCAACUCCUACACAAAGACCGUCAUCGAGUUCAGACACAAGCGCAAGACUUUUGAGCAGACCAUCAGGGAGGAAAACGCACGCGAGGCGUACGGAUACUACCGGAACAACUCCUUGCACUCCAUCUCUAAAUCUGUGGACGUUUACUCCAGUCAGUCCCUAAAAAGCGGCAGGAGGACUCCUAUACCUGCCACCUCGUUAGACUUUGUCGACCUCGCAGGAUCUCUUGGGGAGGAACAAUGCUGAUAUGUUAUUUUUGUUCAACACUGCCUUAACUGAAGCAGAUCAGGCAGCUUCAAGUCACACUUGGAAAUAAACUGGGGAAAAAACGGACAACUCCUGAGAUCCAUGAAUAUACAUGUAUUUUCUUUUUCUUUUUUGUGAAACUGAUUAUAUUGUAACAUAUAAAGAAAUGUUGAGUUCACCCAUACAACUGGAGUGAGUGUCUUCCGGUUUCUCACGGCCCUGGAAUGGAUCAGAUUGAAAGACCAGAACAAACUAACUGGGUUUUCAAUGUGGUGAACUCUAAAUCAUAAGGGUUUUUCUGCAGUGUUGAAAGCAAAGAUAUAACAGAUCUAAAAGCUAAACCACAUCUCUGAAAAAAGCAGGUUUUAUAG